AUGGGAGGAACAGCAUCAUCAUGGGAGGAACAGCAUCGUCACGGGAGGAACAGCAUCAUCACGGGAGGAACAGCAUCAUCAUGGGAGGAACAGCAUCAUGGGAGGAACAGCAUUAUCAUGGGAGGAACAGCAUCAUCACGGGAGGAACAGCAUCAUCACGGGAGGAACAGCAUCAUCACGGGAGGAACAGCAUCAUCACGGGAGGAACAGCAUCAUCAUGGGAGGAACAGCAUCAUCACGGGAGGAACAGCAUCAUCACGGGAGGAACAGCAUCAUCAUGGGAGGAACAGCAUCAUCAUGGGAGGAACAGCAUCAUCAUGGGAGGAACAGCAUCAUCAUGGGAGGAACAGCAUCAUCAUGGGAGGAACAGCAUCAUCACUGGAGGAACAGCAUCAUCACGGGAGGAACAGCAUCAUCACAAGAGGAACAGCAUCAUCACAAGAGGAACAGCAUCAUCAUGGGAGGAACAGCAUCAUCACUGGAGGAACAGCAUCAUCACGGGAGGAACAGCAUCAUCACAAGAGGAACAGCAUCAUCACAAGAGGAACAGCAUCAUCACGGGAGGAACAGCAUCAUCACAAGAGGAACAGCAUCAUCAUGGGAGGAACAGCAUCAUCAUGGGAGGAACAGCAUCAUCAUGGGAGGAACAGCAUCAUCAUGGGAGGAACAGCAUCAUCACAAGAGGAACAGCAUCAUCACGGGAGGAACAGCAUCAUCAUGGGAGGAACAGCAUCAUCACAAGAGGAACAGCAUCAUCACAAGAGGAACAGCAUCAUCACAAGAGAAACAGCAGCAUCAUGGGAGGAACAGCAUCAUCACAAGAGGAACAGCAUCAUCAUGGGAGGAACAGCAUCAUCAUGGGAGGAACAGCAUCUUCACAAGAGGAACAGCAUCGUCACGGGAGGAACAGCAUCAUCAUGGGAGGAACAGCAUCAUCAUGGGAGGAACAGCAUCAUCAUGGGAGGAACAGCAUCAUCAUGGGAGGAACAGCAUCAUCAUGGGAGGAACAGCAUCAUCAAUGGAGGAACAGCAUCAUCACGGGAGGAACAGCAUCAUCACAAGAGGAACAGCAUCAUCACAAGAGGAACAGCAUCAUCACGGGAGGAACAGCAUCAUCAUGGGAGGAACAGCAUCAUCACUGGAGGAACAGCAUCAUCACGGGAGGAACAGCAUCAUCACAAGAGGAACAGCAUCAUCACAAGAGGAACAGCAUCAUCAUGGGAGGAACAGCAUCAUCAUGGGAGGAAUAGCAUCAUCACGGGAGGAACAGCAUCAUCACGGGAGGAACAGCAUCAUCACAAGAGGAACAGCAUCAUCACAAGAGGAACAGCAUCAUCAUGGGAGGAACAGCAUCAUCACAAGAGGAACAGCAUCAUCACAAGAGGAACAGCAUCAUCAUGGGAGGAACAGCAUCAUCACAAGAGGAACAGCAUCAUCACGGGAGGAACAGCAUCAUCAUGGGAGGAACAGCAUCAUCACAAGAGGAACAGCAUGAUCACAAGAGGAACAGCAUCAUUACAAGAGAAACAGCAUCAUCAUGGGAGGAACAGCAUCAUCAUGGGAGGAGCAGCAUCAUCACGGGAGGAACAGCAUCGUCACGGGAGGAACAGCAUCAUCACGGGAGGAACAGCAUCAUCAUGGGAGGAACAGCAUCAUCAUGGUAGGAACAGCAUCAUCACGGGAGGAACAGCAUCAUCACGGGAGGAACAGCAUCAUCAUGGGAGGAACAGCAUCAUCAUGGGAGGAACAGCAUCAUCACGGGAGGAACAGCAUCAUCACAAGAGGAACAGCAUCAUCACAAGAGAAACAGCAUCAUCAUGGGAGGAACAGCAUCAUCACGGGAGGAACAGCAUCAUCACGGGAGGAACAGCAUUAUCAUGGGAGGAACAGCAUCAUCACGGGAGGAACAGCAUCAUCACGGGAGGAACAGCAUCAUCACGGGAGGAACAGCAUUAUCAUGGGAGGAACAGCAUCAUCACGGGAGGAACAGCAGCAUCACAGGAGGAACAGCAUUAUCAUGGGAGGAACAGCAUCAUCACAAGAGGAACAGCAUCAUCACAAGAGGAACAGCAUCAUCACAAGAGAAACAGCAGCAUCACGGGAGGAACAGCAUCAUCACCAGAGGAACAGCAUCAUCACAAGAGAAACAGCAGCAUCACGGGAGGAACAGCAUCAUCACAAGAGGAACAGCAACAUCACGGGAGACCAUUACAGCAUGGUCCAAGAGCUGCCUCACAUUGCCUUAACGUAUAA